AUGCAGGCUGACUUUAAAACACUAGAACGGGAGGAGCGGUUCCAAAACCCACCAAAGGACAAAUCGGCGUUCCCGUUGUUGCAGAACGCCGUUGCGCCCCAUAUUGGCUCCUUCAACGCUUUGACCGAAGGCCCAGAGGGCGGACUAUUGAACAUUGCCGUCAAGGAUAUCGGGGCCAAGACCGUGUUUGACUCCAACAGCGAAGACAGGUUGGGCAACAAGCUCAAGAUCUGGGUAGAGUCGGUUUCACUCGCUAAACCAGGCGUUGCCGCCAGCGAUAAAUUAACAGUCAACAGAAAGACGUUCCCCAGCGAAUGUAGAGAGAGAAUGACUACUUACAGAGCUAGACUUAUGCUCAACGUGGCCUGGAGUGUCAAUGACGGGGAGCAGCAGAAUGAAAUCAGAGAAGCUGGCCAGAUCCCCAUCAUGUUGAAAACCACCAGGUGCCAUUUGGAAAAAUUGUCCCCUGACCAGCUCGUUAACGCCAAGGAGGAGAGCGAUGAAUUGGGAGGCUACUUUAUCGUCAAUGGUAUCGAAAAGUUGAUCCGGAUGUUGAUUGUGCAGAGAAGAAACCACCCCAUGGCCAUCAUACGUCCAUCUUUUGCCAAUAGAGGCGCAGCGUACUCCAAGUUCGGUAUCCAAAUAAGAUCUGUUCGUCCCGACCAGACCUCGCAAACCAACGUCUUGCACUACUUGAAUGAUGGUAAUGUCACGUUUAGGUUUUCGUGGAAAAAGAAUGAAUACUUGGUUCCCGUGAUGAUGAUUUUGAAAGCACUCGUUGAAACCAACGACAGAGAGAUUUUCGAUGGCAUUGUUGGACACGACAUUAACAACUCAUUCUUGACGGAUCGUCUUGAAUUGUUGUUGAGGACUUUCAAGUCGUACAACCUUAACUCGCAGCAGGAAACGUUGGCCUACUUGGGUGACAAGUUUAGAGUUGUGUUUGGAGCUACCCCCGACGUUUCAGAUAUCGACGUUGGCAAGGAGCUUUUGCAAAGGAUCGUGUUGGUGCACUUGGGCAACAACAACGAAGACAAAUUCAGAAUGCUAUUGUUUAUGAUUAGGAAAUUGUACUCGCUAGUUGCCGGCGAGAGCGCUCCUGAUAAUCCAGAUGCCACUCAGCACCAGGAGAUCCUACUUGGUGGGUUUUUGUACGGGAUGAUCAUCAAGGAGAAAAUCGACGAGUACUUGCAAAAUUUCAAAUUGCAAGUGCAAUCAGAUAUCAACCGAGGCGUGGGCGUCAAUUUCGAAGACCGCAAGUACAUAACGAGGGUGUUUACCAGGAUCAAUGAAAACAUUGGACAAAAGAUGCAGUACUUUUUAUCCACGGGUAACUUGGUGUCGCAGUCGGGUCUCGACUUGCAACAAGUCUCUGGUUACACGGUUGUCGCUGAGAAGAUCAAUUUCCACCGUUUCAUCUCCCAUUUCCGAAUGGUCCAUAGAGGUGCUUUCUUUGCCGAGUUGAAAACCACAACGGUGCGUAAGUUGUUGCCUGAAUCUUGGGGGUUUUUAUGUCCCGUGCACACUCCGGAUGGGUCUCCAUGUGGGUUAUUGAACCAUCUAUCUCACAAGUGCAUCAUUUCCACCACCGCCUCGGACGUUUCGCAGGUUCCCCAUGCCUUGACCCAGUUAGGAGUCUCGCCCGCAAAUGCAUACGCGGCAGGACCCAACUUGUGCUGCGUUCAAUUGGACGGUAGAAUCGUCGGGUGGACCACACAUGAACAAGGUAGAAUCAUUGCUGAUACCUUGAGGUUUUGGAAAGUUGAAGGAACCCAUGGCAUCCCAUUGGACUUGGAGAUUGGAUACGUUCCUCCAUCUACAAAAGGUCAAUACCCUGGAUUAUACCUCUUUGGCGGCCACUCGCGUAUGAUGCGACCCGUCAAGUACUUGCCGUUGGACAAGGAAGAUAUUGUUGGUCCAUUUGAGCAAGUUUACAUGAACGUGGCCGUGACUCCCGAAGAGAUUGAAAACAAUGUCCACUCCCACGUGGAAUUCUCACCAACAAAUAUCCUUUCCAUCUUGGCUAAUCUCACGCCAUUUUCCGAUUUCAACCAGUCGCCAAGAAACAUGUACCAGUGUCAAAUGGGAAAGCAAACUAUGGGUACGCCCGGUACCGCGUUGGUGCACCGUUCAGAUAACAAGCUCUACCGAUUGCAAACGGGGCAAACACCCAUUGUCAAGGCGAAUCUCUACGAUGAGUAUGGAAUGGACAACUUCCCCAACGGUAUGAAUGCUGUUGUUGCUGUCAUUUCGUACACCGGAUACGAUAUGGAUGACGCGAUGAUCAUCAACAAGUCGGCAGAUGAAAGAGGCUUUGGCUACGGUACCGUUUACAAAGUGGAAAAAGUGGACCUUGGCCAGUCGAGGAGAAGAGGCGAUCCGAUUUUCCAGCACUUUGGGUUUGGAGACGACGAGUGGCCAGAGGCAUGGAAAGAGAAAUUGGAUGACGACGGGUUGCCCUUGAUUGGAGUCAAGGUUGAGGAAGGUGAUCCCAUUGUUGCCUAUUUCGACGACACCUUGGGCAAGACCAAGGUCAAGACCUACCACUCUUCGGAACCGGCAUACAUUGAAGAAGUCAAGUUGCUAGGCGAUGACGCUGGCAACAGCGAGGGUCAGCAGCUCACCAUCAAGUACAGAAUCACGAGACAGCCGCAGAUUGGAGACAAGUUCUCCUCGAGACACGGGCAAAAGGGUGUGCUUUCGCGUAAGUGGCCCCAGAUCGAUAUGCCAUUCACCGAAAGCGGCAUGCAGCCCGACGUCAUCAUCAACCCGCACGCGUUCCCCUCGCGUAUGACGAUUGGUAUGUUUGUGGAGUCGCUCGCUGGAAAAGCUGGUGCUUUGCAUGGUAUCGCGCAGGAUUCGACGCCUUGGAAGUUCAGCGAGUCGGAUACACCCGCCGAUUACUUUGGUGACCAGUUGUUGAAAGCUGGUUACAAUUUCCACGGUAACGAGCCCAUGUAUUCUGGUGCCACGGGUGAAGAGUUGAGAUGCGAUAUAUAUAUCGGGUGCGUCUACUACCAACGUUUGAGACACAUGGUCAAUGACAAGUUCCAAGUGCGGUCUACCGGACCGGUGAACUCAUUGACGAUGCAGCCUGUCAAGGGUAGGAAGAGAUCAGGAGGUAUCCGUGUUGGUGAAAUGGAGAGAGAUGCCUUGAUUGGCCACGGUACUUCGUUCUUGCUUCAAGAUAGGUUGUUGAACUGUUCAGACUAUGCCCAGACCGCGGUGUGCCGAACAUGUGGCUCGAUCUUGACCACGCAAACUUCAGUGCCCAGAAUCGGAUCAAUGGCUACUGUGAGGUGCAGAAGAUGUUCUGUCAAGUUGGACAAGUAUCAAGGUUACGCUGAAGAUUCAGAAAUUUGGGAAGAUGGCCACGGCGUGAAAUGGGUCGGUGGCGACAACACAACCACCGUUGCCAUACCUUUUGUUUUGAAAUAUUUGGAUAGCGAGUUGGCGGCCAUGGGCAUCAAGAUGCGUUACAAUGUGGAACCGAAAUAG